GUUGGAUCCAUCCCCGAAACAGUCGUGUUACCGGCCAGGAAUACGGCAGAUCGACACUGAUACAGCAUGAAUUGGGAAAGCUGACGGCAUGCCCUGUGCAACUACAAUUCAUUCCCUCUGGCGAGCGUUCAGUCCGUCUCUCUGCGGCGUCUGCCAUCGAAAAUUCAACGGGAGACACCUCCUCCAGCUAGCUGCCAUCGCGGUGGAGGUUCUUGAGGCCGCUGCCCCCUCGUUUUCCAAAUGACCCUGCCCCCUGAGUUGCUGCUACGCUGUCUGCUUGGACGUCAAUAAUUUUGCCUCAAUUCCACCUGCGCGAUGACGUCGACAGGCAUCCAGGGUCCCAUCAAUGUCGUACGGAGCGCAGACGAGCACGAGUCACCAUUCUCGGAGCAGCAAUAGACAGAGCCCAUCACGAGUAUAUAGAGGGCCGCCAGGACGAGGUUUCUUCCAGAGACAAACCUAAGCGCUGGAUUAGGCUUGAUUGGUCCCGUUCGGUACAGCCCACGCGGGCACUGAAGCUGCAAGAGAAAGGACGAAAAAGCAAGCAGAGGCGCGCCGAUGGGUAGGCGAAGGGCCUACGGAGCCAAUGAUGUCAACCCGCAGAUGAGCGCCCAUUCGGCUGCUAUCACGCCAGGGCCUAGCAUGCGCCACUGAACACUCUGCUCUCUUACUCGGUUGGGGGAGCACAGGCAGCUUGGAGGCCAAAAAUUAAUGUUCCGGAGCAAGCACCAACUCUCCCCACCUUCUCGCGAGUUCCCAACGCAGUUUGACCGGCAUUUGUCUGGGCUGGCUGCUGAGAAAACACUUUACGAACAAAAGGUCAACUGAUUCAAGUCGCCCAAUGGUCGAAAUGUCCACGGUACUUCAACGGCCCUCCACUGCGGCCGGAACCGCUUGCCCCCGCGGCCCCUUCCAGCCUGAGGAGAUCUCUGGUUGCAAGCAAUCGAGCAUAAAGAAGCAAAAGCAAGUCCAGAGGCGUUUCAGCGGUGAGGUUAGCUGCAGCCGGGAGCAAACAACGCGGAAGCCCUCUCUGCAGUUGGAAAACUCUCCCGGUGAGCCCUGUUAAAUGGUUCCCCUAUACCACUGUCCGGUGGACGGCGGACGGGGACUCUAGGGGUCUCUUGGAGCAGAGGGGAACCGGGACAUCAUCGUUUAGUUUGCAUACCACAGCAUGCUACCCACAUGCUGCCCACAUGGCCACUUGUGAUGGCUGCAGAGAGAAGAAGAGGGGUGAUCUUGGUCAAACACGGCCGUGCUUUUCACCCGGAGCUCUUGACGACUUGUUCCAAGUACAGCGCGACCGCACUUGUUCGCCAGACUCAUCGGGGAACAACCUAAAAUGCUCGACCGUGCAUUAUAUCUCGGUUACGCUGCUCACAAGUUGCAUUCGAUGGUAUGAUUCUCCGGUACUCAUCUCCGUGCCGUGCUCCCCAGCUCCCAGAUCGUCACCGAAUGGUCGAUGACCAGCAAGCCAAUGCAUCGAGAUUCAGGGGAGUGUCCAAGCCAGACCCGAUCCUUCACGCUCUCUUCUCCCAGUGUUCUGGGAUGUUUGGGGCCUCUCCAUUGGUUGUCGGAACGAGAGUACCCUCUUCGAUUUGAACCCAUCAUUGACAGCAAAGUCAGGUUGAUGGGUUUUACAUGGCAAGAAGGGCCAUCCUUCUCUUUUCAAUGGUACGGAGGAUUCUAUGCAGGGUGGCAGACUCUAGCAACGACUCGCUCUUUGUUCGGAUCAUUGCUGUCACCGAGUCAUACAUGGCCGCAGUUUUUGGAAGCUUGCAUCAACGAGUUCCAGUAAUAUCAUCUAGACCGAGCCGGAACGAAAGAGAGACGACGACGCCGAUCUGUCACCAAGUCUAACCCUUUCAUAUUUUGUGCUUUGCUCAAUCUAUGUAGACGAUCCCCUCCCCGUUCUAUCUCCG